AUGGAUUCAUCGGCGAGCACCAACAAGGCGUUAAAAAAGAUCCGUUUCUCCGAACUCGAACCUUCGCACUCCGGAGAUAUCAUCUCUGCGCUUGACCGGUCCGGUUUCGAGAUCUGUACUCCGGUUCAGGCCGGGACGAUCCCUUUACUCUGCAGCCACAAGGAUGUUACCGUCGAGGCAGUCACCGGCUCCGGAAAAACCCUAGCCUUCGUCGUCCCACUCGUAGAGAUACUCCGUCGAUCCACUUCCUACCCACCGAAGCCUCACCAGGUUAUGGGUGUGAUUCUGUCUCCAACAAGAGAGCUAUCAACGCAGAUAUAUAAAGUGGCACAGCCGUUUGUCUCGACUCUGAAAAAUGUGAAAUCUGUGCUGAUUGUUGGUGGACGAGAUGCGAAAUACGACAUGAAGACCAUAGAAGAAGAAGGAUGCAACAUCUUGAUUGGUACGCCUGGAAGGCUCGCUGUUAUAAUGGAACGAAUGGAGUUUCUGGAUUUCCGAAAUCUUGAGAUUCUUAUAUUAGACGAGGCAGAUAGACUAUUGGAUAUGGGGUUCGGGAAGCAGGUGAAUUACAUUUUAUCUCGCUUGCCAAAGCAACGUAGGACUGGCCUGUUUUCAGCUACACAAACACAAGCUGUUCAAGAUCUGGCCAAGGCUGGGCUUAGGAACCCUUUCCAAGUCAAAGCUACAGCCAAGUCAAAGUCGGACUCAUCUCAGCAACCUACAGACUCGAAGACUCCUUCUGGUCUGCAUCUUGAGUAUAUGAAACGCGAAGCAGAUGAGAAAUCAUCACAACUAGUGGAUCUCCUGAUCAAGAACAAAAAGAAUAAGCUUAUUGUAUACUUCAUGACAUGUGCUUGUGUUGAUUACUGGGGACUCGUACUUUCAAAAAUUCCUACCCUCAAGUCCAUAUCUUUCAUUCCUAUCCAUGGGAACAUGAAGCAGAAUGCUAGAGAAAAGGCAAUUGCGUCAUUUACAGAAGCAUCAAGCGGUGUCCUUCUAUGCACAGAUGUCGCUGCACGUGGACUUGACAUUCCAGGCAUCGAUUACAUAGUUCAGUUUGAUCCCCCACAAGACCCAGAUGUAUUCAUCCAUAGAGUUGGCAGAACUGCAAGAUUGGGAAGAAAAGGGAGGUCCAUUGUGUUUUUAACGCCCAAGGAGAAACUCUAUGUAGGGUUAAUGCGCGUAAGAGGGGUCCCUCUUCAAAAGGGAAAAUGCUCUGAGAAUGCAUCCAAUGUCAUCCCCAUUAUACGUUCAGCUGCCAUGGAGGACAGGGCAGUGUUGGAGAAGGGAUUAAAGGCAUUUGUUUCCUUUGUCCGUGCUUACAAGGAGCAUCACUGCGAGCACAUUUUCAAAUGGAAAGAGCUUGAAAUCGGAAAGUUAGCCAUGGGAUAUGGCCUCUUGAAAUUUCCUAAAAUGCCUGAAGUUAAACAAGACAGACUUUCCUGUGAAGGUUUUACACCUGUUGAAGGCAUCGACAUUGAUGACAUAAAAUUCAAGGACAAAGUUCGGGAGAAACAGAGACAACAAAGGAUACAAGCAAGGAAAGAGAAACAGCAAGAAGAGAAAGGCAAGAGAAAUCCGAAAAAGGCGGUUGUUGUUGCUUCUGCUGAUUCUAACAAUGCGUCGAGAAAGAGAAAGUUAACGGGGAAGCAGAGACAAACCAUUCAAACAGCUGAAGAUGAAGAAGAGUUGGCUCGAGACUCUCGGUUACUGAAACAACGAAGGAAAGGGAAAAUUACAGAAGAUGAAUUUGAAAGGCGCACAGGAAUGAUAUAA